UAAUCACACACACAAACCUUUCUCAAAACCACAUCUCUUUUCUUCUUCAUUUCGAUCAGUCUUCCGAAUUUCUCCACCAAGUUAAUCGACAUGGGCUCUGAUUUCUGUGCACCCACCGUUACCAAGGCGCUAGAAGGCAAGGUGGCCCUCAUCACCGGCGGAGCAAGCGGCAUCGGCGAGAGCGUCGCCAGGCUGUUCGUCCACCACGGCGCCAAGGUCCUCAUCGCCGACCUCCAAGACAAACUGGGCCAGUCCCUCGCCGCGGAACUCGGCCCCCAGGAAACCGUCUCCUUCGUCCACUGCAACGUCACCGUCGACUCCGACGUGGCAAACGCCGUCGACACAGCGGUGUCACGUUACGGACAGCUAGACGUCAUGUACAACAACGCCGGAAUCGGGGGCAACCUCGACACCACCAUCUUGAACUCCGACAACGCCGACUUCAAAAAGGUGCUUGAAAUCAACCUGUUCGGAUCCUUCCUCGGGGCCAAGCACGCCGCCAGGGUGAUGAUCCCGGCGAGGAAAGGCUGCAUCCUGUUCACCGGAAGCGUGGCGUCGUCGAUCAGCGGGGAUCUGUCGUACGCCUACAAGGCGUCGAAGCACGCGAUGUUGGGGCUGGCGAAUAAUCUGACGGUGGAGAUGGGGAAGUAUGGGAUUCGGGUCAACACUGUUUCGCCGUACGGGGUGGCCACUCCCAUGGUGACGCGUGGCAUGCAGAUGGAUAAGGCGGCGGCCGAGGAGUUCAUGUCGGCGGCGGGGAACCUGAGAGGGGCGGUGUUGGAGCCGGAGGAUGUUGCCAGGGCGGCGCUGUAUCUGGCGAGCGACGCUGCCAAGUAUGUGAGUGGGCUCAACUUGAUUGUGGAUGGCGGCCACAAUCACAAUCAUCCUCUCUUCGGUUCUUCUGCUCAAGCAUGAUAUCGGAUUGGAUCCUUAAUUACUUUUUAAGAACAAAACGUUUCUUUACUUGUGAAUUGUGAUCGAUGUGACUGCUAAUUAAAAUAAAUAUAUCUGUGAUAUACGAUAUGGGUGAUGAGCGAUUCAACCGUGUAAUAUAAAAAAUAAAAGUGUAUUACUACCUACAAUAGUCUAAAUGUCAAAGAUUUCCUAUUUUAUCUAAUAAUCUAAUCAUAUCUUCUCAUUAUAAGUUUGUGUUAUUUGUAUCCUGACAUUUUUGUUGGCCGUAGAGACUAGAGAUGACGGUUGAUAAGAUGUUGGUCAAAACAAUAUUGACUUUUGAUGAUGUGGCAAAAAAAUGUGACAGCCACGACCAACGUAGAUGCCACAUCAGAUUAUUUUUUAUUCCAAAUUAUAUUAAAUUUAAAAUUUAAUAAAAGAAUAGGUAAAUC